GGUUCUGAUUUCACCAUUCUGUUGGAGCAGUUAUUUCUCUCUCACUCUCUCUCUAACGAUCUUUAGAAAUAUCUUGAUUGAAUUUCAAGGCUCGGAUGAGUAGCGCAAGCUAUAUAUAUAUAUCGUGUUUUUCUUCAUUUUCCCUCCCUCUCUCUCUCUCUCUCUGGCUCUCGAAAUUUCUACUGAGCUUCAGUUGGUGAAUGAAGCAUGGUUCCAUGGUGGAAAUCCAUAUUUAAAAAUUGUUGGGGACACUGGAGACCAUUACGAAGACCUAAGAUGGAAGAUGAGGAAGAACAAAGCCAUAUCUGGAGCAGAGACCUCGACAAGCAUUUUUAUGGCGACCUAUCGUUCGCGAUAGUGCAGGCCAAUCAAGAUCUGGAGGAUUACAGCCAGUAUGACACUGGCAAGGACAUCUUGUUUGCAGGAGUGUACGACGGCCAUGGCGGCGCCGAGGCCGCAAAUUUCAUUUCCGUUCACCUUCUCAGACACAUAGCCAGAUUUGCUCGAGAACAUCGAGAGGUGAAUGCGGAGGUUCUUUCAAACGCAUUCACUGAAACAGACAAAGGAUUCCUUUCUCUAGUAGGUACUUUAUUUGACGCACGGCCCACAAUAGCUGCAAGCGGGUCGUGUUGUAUUGUUGGGGUCAUCUGGAGGGGGACAUUAUACGUUGCUAAUCUUGGCGAUUCUAGAGCUGUACUUGGCACCUUAACCGAGUCGGGGAGACUUAAAGCAGAACAGUUAACCAGAGAGCACAAUGCCAGAUAUGCAAAUAUCAGAGAAGAACUGAGGUCUUUGAAUCCAGGUGAUGAAAACAUUGUGUAUCACAGACAUGGAGCGUGGCGUAUAAAAGGCAUUAUACAGGUUUCUAGAUCCAUUGGGGAUGCAUAUCUGAAGAGACAAGAGUUUGCUCUUGACGCCUCAUACCCAAAGUACCAUCUCCCAGAACCCCUCACUAGGCCAGUGCUAAGAUCUGACCCAGCUAUAUUUUCAAAAAACCUGACACCAGCUGACAAGUUUCUUAUUAUUGCAUCCGAUGGGCUGUGGGACCACUUGAGCAAUCAACAGGCUGUCGACAUUGUAAAUAGUAGCCCAAGACGGGGCAUUGCCCGCAAACUUAUAAAGGCAGCUCUGAUGGAGGCAGCAAGGAAAGCCAAGAUGGGAUAUGAAGUGCUUAAGCAGAUUAGGCUAGGGUACAGGAGAGUGUACCAUGAUGAUAUCACAGUAUUUGUCAUCUUCAUAGAUCACCAGUUGAUGGAGGCAGGAGUGGCUUACCCGGUUUUGUCAGUUAAAGGAACCAAGGGCGUGAUAAUCCCCGAUGUAAAUCUUGUUAACGGAUUAGAUGUAGGUGAGCCAGCAUCACAAGCAGGGCAAAGAUCCACCUUUGAAUUUGGAGAGUCGUCAACAGAAGGAGGGCUAAGAACACAAGAAGCAGCAGGGAAAGGGAAAGGCAAAAUUGGUCAACCAUCAGAAGCAGAGGUUGAUCAAUCAGAAGAAUCAUCUGAAGAAACUAUUGAUCCAGAGACAAUAGUUCAGCUCUCUCCUAUCAGACCGGGACCAGUAUUUUCAUUUAGGGCGGCAUUUAGUCUCAAUCGGGGCCUUAGGCAAUUGCUUGAUUUCAUUAGUGGCGAUGGUUCUUAUUUCGUUCUUGAAAUAGGGGAUGACACUUCUGCUUAGGGGAACAUACAUUUCUAUAGCAUUUUCACUUACAACUUCAUAUUCAGUAGAGACAACAAAUUGAACCAUUUUCUUAUUUUGUUCUCUUUUAGUAUCAAUUUCAUCUUCAUCUUCACCCUUCAUGAUUGGAGAUGUUUUGAUGAUAAUAUUGCUUCUACCCAUUUACUGUACAGUUCUUCUCAGUUGGUUAAUACAUUUAGAAGGGUACCUCUGCUCUUCAUUGUUAUCCUUCAAGCUUUUGACCU